UUUUUAUUUUUAAUGAUUUAAAAUGUAUCGACAAAUUUUGUUCGAUUCAAGUCUUUAAACUUUGAGGAGAUGAGUGCGUCUACUGUUACUCAGGUGUACUUUGAUGACAACGCUGUUUUGUAAAUUUGCUGUUGAAUUGUUUGGUGUUAUUUCGUGUAAAAUAUAGGUUUCAGAUGUUCCUGACGCGAUCAGAGUAUGACCGUGGUGUUAACACCUUCUCGCCAGAAGGGAGAUUAUUUCAGGUGGAGUAUGCGAUAGAAGCCAUCAAGCUGGGCUCGACGGCCAUCGGCAUCUGCACGGCCGAGGGCGUGGUCCUGGCCGUCGAGAAGCGCAUCACGUCCCCGCUCAUGGAGCCCACCACCAUUGAGAAGAUUGUGGAGGUGGACAAGCACAUAGGCUGCGCGGUGAGCGGGCUGAUGGCAGACUCGCGCACCAUGCUGGACCGCGCCCGGGUCGAGUGCCAGAACCACUGGUUCGUGUACAACGAGCGCAUGAGCGUGGAGUCCGUGGCACAGGCCGUGUCCAACCUCGCCAUCCAGUUCGGGGACUCCGACGACGACGGAGGAGCCAUGAGCCGGCCGUUCGGGGUGGCCAUCCUGUUUGCGGGCUGCGACGAGAAGGGCCCACAGCUGUUCCACAUGGACCCGUCGGGCACCUUCGUGCAGUUCGAGGCGAAGGCCAUUGGCUCGGGCAGCGAGGGCGCCCAGCAGUCUCUCCAGGAGACCUACCACAAGUCGAUGACGCUGAAGGAGGCUCUGGGCUCGGUGCUCACCAUCCUCAAGCAGGUGAUGGAGGAGAAGCUGAGCUCCACCAACGUGGAGGUGAUGACGAUGACGCCAGGCCGCCUAUUCCACAUGUUCUCCAAGGAGGAGGUGGAGGAGGUGAUCAAAGACAUCGCCUGAGCUGUCCUCCUAGUGUCUCCGCCUUGCCCUCCUCCCUUGUACUGUACUAUCAACGCUAAUAAACACAUGCGCUCUUACACCA